GAGAACAGAACCAAAAACGAAAAUAUGAAGGCUGUAGUGAUAACUACUCCCGGUGGUCCUGAAGUGCUGCAACUCCAAGACGUGGAAGACCCCAAAAUCAGAGACGACGAAGUUCUGAUCCGAGUCCAUGCCACCGCGCUUAACAGAGCCGAUACACUUCAGAGGAAAGGCUCCUACCCUCCCCCUAAAGGUGCAAGUCCAUACCCAGGUCUUGAAUGUUCCGGAACAAUUGAAUCCGUCGGCAAAAACGUUUCCAGGUGGAAAAUCGGCGAUCAGGUAUGUGCCCUUCUCAGUGGAGGAGGAUAUGCUGAGAAAGUUGCUGUUCCUGCCGGACAGGUUCUUCCGGUUCCAUCCGGGAUUUCUCUGAAGGAUGCAACUAGUUUUCCUGAGGUGGCAUGCACUGUGUGGUCAACUAUUUUUAUGAUGAGCCGGCUAUCUCAAGGAGAAACCUUGUUGAUUCAUGGAGGUUCGAGCGGAAUCGGUACAUUUGCAAUUCAGAUAGCUAAAUACCGAGGAGCAAGAGUAUUUGUUACAGCAGGUAGUGAGGAGAAACUAGCUUUUUGCAAGGGAAUCGGAGCUGAUGUGGGCAUCAAUUACAAAACAGAGGACUUUGUUGCGAGGGUAAAGGAAGAAACCGGUGGUCAAGGUGUUGAUGUUAUUCUCGAUUGUAUGGGAGCAUCCUACUAUCAAAGAAAUCUUGACAGCUUAAAUUUUGAUGGAAGGCUUUUUAUUAUCGGAUUUCAAGGGGGAGUUUCUACAGAAGUAGAUCUCCGCGCUUUACUUGCCAAGCGUCUUACUGUACAAGGGGCUGGCUUGCGUAGUAGAAGUCCUGAAAAUAAAGCAGUGAUAAUUAGUGAAGUGGAGAAGAAUGUUUGGCCUGCAAUUGCAGAAGGAAAGGUUAAGCCUGUUAUCUUCAAAUCUUUCCCUCUUUCUGAAGCAGCCGAGGGUCACCGGCUUAUGGAAAGCAGCCAGCAUAUUGGGAAGAUAUUGCUUGUGCCCUGAACACACCGUGGUGAAAAAUCUACGGAAGAAAACCCAAGAAUCAUGUGAACUAUGCGUGUUGGCUGAGUUGUAGCUUAAUCUUGUGCAUUUUAUUGUCAACGUAGUUGUUUGCACUAGUUUAGGAGUAUGACCAACACCAUCCUGGGAAUCAGAUUGCUGUUUUGUGGUAUUAGAACUAUGUGUAGGGAUCUGAUGUAUCCCAUCGUUUGAAAUUAUAACUUGUAUUUUCUGGUGGCCUGUUUGUAUUUACGCAAGACAUGAUGUUGGUUUCUUUAAUGCACUAUGUUUUAUAUAACCGUUAUGCAUUCAAUUAU